UCGCGCCGCGGGUUCGUGCUCGCGAAACGCAGUCGGCGGCAGUGGCACUGGCCAGCGGCGAGAGAAGAGAUGAUGCUGAUAAGGCCGCCGCGGUUUGUCUCCCCCUCGCCCAGGCCAGGGCCGCGCGAGCCCCGCCUCCGCCGGCCUCUCGAUGCCUCCAGAAUCUUCUCCUCCCCUCGGCCCCCCGGUCGCCGUUCCCGCCCGCGCCCCCAGCUCGCCUCUCCGUCCACCGACCUCCGCCGCCUCACUGCCCGCAUCGUCGACCUCACCCGCCGCAGGCAGCUCGCCCAGAUCAUGGAGGAGGUGGAAGCAACGCGGCGUCGUGUGCGUGGGGGCGGGUUGCUCAACACCAUCGUCAUGAACGCGGUUCUAGAGGCCUGUGUGCGCUGCGGCGACGUCGACCGUGCGCUUCGGCUCUUCGAGGAAAUGCGCGGGCCCAACGGGUGCGGUGUCGACGGUGUCUCCUACGGCAUCCUGCUCAAGGGCCUGGGUAUAGCAAGAAGGAUUGAUGAAGCAUUUGAAAUACUGGAAUCAAUUGAGAAAGAUUCUUCCAUUGGGAGCCCCAGGCUCUCUCCUCAUCUCAUUUGUGGUUUUCUAAAUGCCCUUAUUGAAGCAGGAGAUAUGAGGCGUGCCAAUGCUCUUGUUGCCCGUUUCCGCAAGGUCCUUUAUGAGGGUCACUCUGUCUUACUAUACAACUUACUGAUGAAGUUUUUUGAACUGAACAUACUCCAGGGGUACAUUAAGAGCAACUUCCCUCUCGGAGCUUUGACUGUUAAAGACGAGAUAUUGCGUCAAGGGUUGAAGCCUGAUAGAUUGACCUACAAUACCAUCAUUUCUGCCUGUGUAAAAUCAGCAGAGAUUGAUAAAGCUAUCCGAUUUCUUGAAGAUAUGAAGGAAGAAGCUAAUAAGGAAAGUAACCCUGAACUCCUUCCGGAUGCUGUUACCUACACAACAUUACUUAAGGGUUUAGGAAAUAACCGGGACCUUUAUUCAGUUUUGAAUAUUGUUGUGGAGAUGAAAUCUUCAUUAAUAUCACUCGACAGGACUGCAUACACUGCUAUGGUAGAUGCCUUGCUAGCUUGUGGGUCCAUUGAUGGGGCCCUUUGUGUUUUUGGUGAUAUAAUAAAGCAUGCUGGCAAGAACAAAGAUUUGAGACCUAAACCUCAUCUCUAUCUUUCGAUCAUGAGAGCUUUUGCUACCAGAGGUGAUGUUGAUAUGGUCAUGAGAUUGAACAAGCGCAUGUGGCCGGAUUCAGUUGGAGCAAUUAGCCGUGCUGCCAAAGAAGAGGCACAUGAGCUAUUAAUGGAAGCUGCUAUAAAUAAUAAUCAGAUAGAUUUGGCUAGAGGCCUUCUAAGACAAAUAGUGAACGAGAAGGAAUGUUUCUCUUGGACAAGUAGAGUAGGACUGGUCGCAGUUAAAGUUGAAAGCUUAUCUGGAUUCACCAACUCUCUUCUAACGCCCCACAUAUUUCCACAGAUUAUCUUGAAUGAUCCAGUUGAGAAGUAUAUGGUUCCAUUUCAAGAAUCUCGACCAUUACCUGCAGACUUAAUCUUGCGGAAGGCUGUGAUGCGAUUCUUGAAAGAUCGUGCAGUUCCUCUUGUCGAUGAUUGGGGAGGUUGUGUUGGCAUUGUUCAUCGUGAUGAUUGUACCAAGCUGGAUGCACCUCUUCUAUCGAUGUCUAGAGGGCCACCUUUGUGCGUGCCUACUUCAACCACCGUGGAGCACGUCAUUGACCUCCUCCUCAGAGAGAAGUCCGAGAUGGUGAUUGUGGUGAAGAGUGGUAACAUGUACGAAGGAAGCUACACAUCCAGCUCAAGACCCUUGGGCGUUUUCUCCCUCGCCAUACUAUGGAGCUUCACUGGCGACUACGACUCGUCGGAAUCAGAUAUCCCCGACGCAGGCACAUCCUGGGCAACAAGACCCAAACAAGACGCCUGAGGCCUGCAACCGCGGUUGGUUCCGCAGCUAAGCUAGUUUGGUGUGUCUUUUACUCGUCAGCUUAUAGCAACUCCACAUCGUGAUGCCGAGCAAACUAGUCAUGUAAUGGUCCUCCUCCAGUUGGACAAGGAGAGCGAAAAGGUUUUGUCAAAGGAAGCCGCUAGGCUGAUACUGACCUGCUGUGGCUGCGUGCUGUGUAUGAUGUUUUCUGAUGCAGAGAGCAAAAAGUGACAGGGCACCGGAGAUUCCCGCCCAGCAUUUCGGUUGAGGCGCCAGCGCCACCGCGCAGGGAUGGUCCUGACCGGUUUGGUGGCAUGUGGCAUCCCUGCUCUCUCGGUCUCGAUCUCACCAGGCUGCAGAGGGGAGUGCCUUUGCAUCUGCCGUUCCGAUCAGUCUUUAUUUGGUGCUGGGCUCCUCGCGGCCGGGACCCAAAAAGGUUAGAGAUAGUUGGUCAUUUGGUCUGUGCUAAAAGAUGUUCCAGUGUUCACUGAUCAGUGGUAGUGUGUGCAGUGAAGUGUAUUGCUGCCGCCUGCUGCUGCGAAUGGGAUCCAGAAUCCUGCUGUCGUGCACA